GACUUAACAGAGAGAAAGAGAGGAGGAAAGCCGAGCGGGGCCGAUAUACCAAAGCAUUACAGGUCGUGAUUACUUACGAGGGUUACCCCGACGUUUGUAUAGCGCGUUAAUAAUCGACGCGGUCGAUCGUCCGCAGAAAUUAUAGACACUACGGUUUGACAGUGAAGCGCACGCGACACAGCGGUACUCUUUAUAAUAAAUGCUAAGAAGAUGUGACGCGAGACGUGAGAUGAAACAUCUCGGAUAUUGGAUGUACUUCACUACGUACGCGGCUCCGCGAAACGGAAAUGAUUUAUACGUGUAAACUAUCUAUAUUUUUUACUAUUCGUUGAGAGCUUACCGAUGAUUUGAAAUAUAAAGAAAAUAUUUUUGAGAGUUUUUCUGCGAUAUACUUUGACGCGUGACUACCGCGCGAAAACGAUAGGAUAAAAGGAAUUUUUUUUUCUAUAUAAGCCAAUACAAUAGAGAGACGUGUGGACGGGCUUGCUAUCUCCGUUCGAGAAGCGACUUACGAAGAGGCGUGUAAUAUAAAAGAGGGUGUCAAAUCUCUUGUCGAGCCUGCGUUAAAUGCCGCGGGGGUAUUAUGGAGCAGAGCGAGGGAAAUGACGUCCCCGGCGUUUCGAACAAGGUAGAGGUGUCCCCGAAGUCGAAGCAGAAGAAAAAGUCCCUCUGCCGCAUGCUCAUGAACAAGAAGACCAAGGUCGGCUGCUUGGAGUCCUCGUACAAGGACGGGGACUCGAAUAAGAAUUCCAAGAUCGAGAACUCGCAGCACGGCUCGCAGACCAGCACCAAGCUGUCCCUGUGCUGCGCCAUGACCGAGCGCAGCAGGACGCCACCCCAGAGCCUCACCGUCAGCAGACUGUCCCCGAUGACGUUGAGCCGUACCUCGGUCAAGUCCGAGAUAGCCUCCAUCAAUGAGGAUCAGGACCGUCAAACGGACGUGCUGGUCGAGCAGGAGGAGAUGCAUGAUGUUGCGAACGAUCAGGCUCAAGCGGUACAGGAGACUGUAGUCAGAAGGAGUAACGUAGCGAUGGCGAGGGAGCAGCGUCCUAAUACGUAUAUAGAAGACUCGACGGAAGCCUCGUACGAAGACUCGUCGGAAGAUGAGAACGAUCAUCUGAUCGAGUCUGAGAAAGAUCGCAAAUAUUAUAAGGAUGAGUACUUUACGAAGGGAAAAUAUAUCACUUACUUCUUCCUGGAAAUGGAACGGCAGUUCUACAAACCUACAGACGUUUACAGUAUGGUUCAGUACCACGAUACCGAUUGCAAAAAGCCAGAGAAAGAAGGUGAAUAUUCCUCCUCCGGAUCGCUAUCGCCGAGUAUAUCGGGACAUUUACGCCGUAGAUUGCUUCACAGGCGAUCCGCCGAUAACUUGAUCGUGAACUCACCUACGAGCUCUAUGAGACACUCUAGUCCAGAUUCUAUAAAAAGCGCGCCGAUUCAGCAUAAGCCACGUUCAACGUCCCACGAUGCUCUGUCCAAAAAGAAAGAUCGCUACUUUGGUCAAGCGACCGGGGCGUCUAUGGAUAACCUGGCGAAGCAGUCGUUACUUGCCGCACAAGUACUUAAUUUGAUUCCCACUCAGAAGGCGCGGGAAAGGAAUUUUCUUCACGGAAGAAUCGCCGCCAACUCCUUACUCGGGCCAGUGGAGCUUGAGAAAGUAUUGCCUAAUCGAGAAUUGAAAAUCUUUAUCGGCACGUGGAACAUGAACGGCCAGACUCCGCCGAAGGAAUUGAACGACUUUAUGUUGCCAUGCCACAUCGAGACCGUACCCGAUUUGUUAGCCAUAGGCACUCAAGAGUCGUGUUCCGAGCGACACGAGUGGGAAGCAGCCCUGCAGGAGACCCUCGGACCCUCGCACGUGCUGUUGACCAGCGGUAACCUCGGCACGCUUCACCUCGCAAUAUUCGUGAGACGGGACUUGAUUUGGUUCUGCUCCAUUCCGGAGGAGGACAGCUUCUCGACGAGAACCGGGACGGCGUUCAGGACGAAGGGCGCGGUGGCGAUAGCGCUCAUGAUAUUCGGCACCAGCUUCCUCUUUGUCACCGCUCACUUGACCGCGCAUCAGGACAAGGUGAAAGAACGGGUCAACGAUAUCAAGAGAAUCGUUCGAAAUCUUGACCUACCCAAAGAGCUGCCUAUCAGACACAAGAGUAAAGACGUGACGCAAAACUUCGAUUGCGUGUUCUGGUGCGGUGAUUUGAACUUCCGUCUGGCUCAGCCGAGGGAGGAAGUGAUUCAAUGGAUCACGAAUACGUGCUUUCCGCAAGAGUCGCCGAUAAACAUGCGCAAGGAUCAGCUAAAGAACACCCUGAACGAGGGCGCGGUGUUGCGCGGCUUCGAGGAGGCCCCGAUCAUGUUUCCCCCUACCUACAAAUACGACCCGGGAACGCAGAACUUUGACUCCAGCAGCAAGCAACGCACCCCCGCGUACACCGACAGGAUUCUCUUCAGGGGGAAGGGCCACACCAGAGGAUACAUCAGACGCGUCAGCCACGAGAGUUCCAGUUCCAAGGACGGGGUUAUAGAGUGCUUGGUGUACGAUUCUGUCCCAAGUAUUUGCACCUCGGAUCACAAGCCGGUCUGGGGAGUUUUUAAAACCACAUUGAGGCCGGGUAUCGACACAAUUCCGCUUGGCGCUGGGCUCUUCAAUCGCGAGGUGUACCUGGAAGGUAUCAGAAGGCGCGCGGCGGCGAUGGAUGACUCUUUGGAUUCUUCGAAAGUUUGUUCACUUCAAUAAGGAAAUUUGAGACGCGCUAUCGCAAGAGCGUUAUUAACAGAAUAGGUAAUGUAUUUGUAGAUAAAGAUUUUCUUUUUAGUGCGUUGGACGGUGAACGAAUGAAAGGUCGCUUUAUACCAGGUUCUUACAAGAUAUAGAAUGCCGCGUUUCUUUUGUACGAUUUAUGUACUCGCUAAGUCUGUCCAUUUUUUAUAGCGGCGACGGGAAACACUUUUCUAAUAAGAUAUCUAAUGUAUGAAUAGAUUACAAAUACCAGUGAACACCGUAAAAGUCUAGUCAAGCAGUGAAAUAAAAAAUUGCUUUAGCGAAAUGAAAAAUCUAGAUGAGGCUGAAGAUUUUAUAAAUGUACUGUCGGUCUAUUCCCGACAUUCAUAUUGUGCCACACACACAUAUAUAUGUUGUUUGACUUUGUAUGUGGCCGACAUUGUCGAAAAAUUACAAAACAAGAGUGAUGUUCUUUUUGUAAUACUGCGAGUUUUGUUAGACAAAUUUUUUAUAGUAACUCUAUAUUGUGCAGUAUUUAUCAAACUCUAACUCGCUUAUAAUAUUUCGAAGACGAAAUUAUUAAAGAAGAAAUUGUGUAGUGUUCCAAAAUAAUUUUGCCUCUUACUCCCCCUCGUGGGGUCACUCAUGUUCGAUAUUUGCUAAAAUAUCAUAUUUACCAUAGUUACAUAGUUGCUAAAAUUAUAUAGUUUCACCAAUUGUUAUUGUCGUUUCGCUUUUUAAUUGUAUACCAGAAAAUUGAAAUUAAGUAAAAUUGCGAUUGAAAACCAUCUCAUUACGGUGUAACUCCUUAAUAGAAGCGUAAAACGCAAAUGAUCCCACGAGAUAGCGAGUGAGGAGCAAAAAGUGACAAAAAAAUGAUGUUCUUUUUGUAACACUGCGAAUUUUGUUAGAUAAAUUUUUUAUAGUAACUCUAUAUUGUGCAUGCAGUGUUUAUCAAAUGAAGGGAAGUAAGGGUUAAAAUUAUAAAGACAUAUUUAUAUGUAAUUUGCUGCUACUGAUCGAAUAAUGAUCGACAUUUAUAGGUCGAGUUUCUUAUAAGAUGAGUAUUCUAGUUUUUACGUUCAAUUAUACAUUUAGAUGUAAUACAAAUUGUAGACCAAACUAUUGGGCCAAUAAGAUAUUAGAGAAUUAAUAGGCGCAAGAUUUAUAGAUAAUACUUUACUUUCGUUUAUUAAUUGUUUGUAUUCUUAUUUACUGGGACCACCCAUUGUAUCAAGUCUUAAAAAAAAAAACUCGAAUUCGAAACUCGAA